AUGGCGAAGCCACGCCGGAGCAGAUUCACUUUCGCCGGGUGCGGAUGCUUCGGAGGCCAGGCUCGGGGGAAGGUGGCAGAGGAUGAGUACCCGGUGAAGCUGCAUAUCUACGAUCUCAGUCGGGGGAUGGCGCGGCAGCUCUCCACCACGGUGCUCGGCAAGCCUAUCGAUGCCAUCUGGCACACAGGCGUGGUGGUUCAUGGCAAAGAGUACUUCUUCGGGGGAGGCGUCCAGCAAGACCGGCCUGGAAGGACGCCAUACGGGACUCCUGCCCGAGUAGAGCAUUUUGGGGUCACGCAUGUCGGCAAGGAGGACUUUGAAGACUUUCUGCACGAGAUCAGCCCGCGCUACACACCAGAAACCUACAACCUCCUCAGCAACAACUGCAACCACUUCAGCAAUGAGGUGGUCAAGUUCCUCGUUGGCUCCACGGUUCCGAGCUACAUCCUCGACCAGCCCAAGGAGGCAAUGAAGAGCCCGAUUGGCGCGCUGAUAAUGCCGAUGAUUCAGGGGCUGGAGACAACCAUGAAAGCCGGAGCUGCUCCACAACAGCCUCCACAAUUCGUGCCUGCUCCUGCAGCGGCGGCGCAGACGCAGCCUUCCACGAAUAACAUUCAGAUGCAGUCGAGAUCAGUCACCGCCGAUGAACCAGGUGCUGACAAGACGGCGGACCAUGACAGUGGAAUCAUACCUGCUCCCAAAGAAGCAGGGGAGGUGCAGCCUUCCGCAAGUAGCACUCAGAAUGAAAUUGCCACGGAUGAGACAGUGAGUAAUGACGGGAUCAUCCCGCCUGUGGUGGUGCUACUCACUCCCAAGGGAGCGGGGCAGACACAGCCCUCCAUGAACAACGACCAGAUAGAGUCAAGAUCAGUCACCGCCAAUGAAACUGGCGCUGAUGAAAUGGUUGACAGUGAUGGUGGCAUCAUCCCGCCUCCGGCAAAACCAGCUGCUCCAGCAGCAGCGACGCAGACAGAGACCUCCAUAAAUAGCAUUGAGCUCCAUACAGUGGACGAGGGCACUAGGAUGGUCACCCCGCCAGCCGUGCAACCUGCUGCUCCAGCAGCGACGGUGGCCAAGGUGACUCUGCCAGCGGCAGCAGCUUCAGACCCCCUCGGAGAGGCGAAGAGGCGAGCACAGGAGGAGCUAAAGCAGGAGUUUGUGGCCAUCAUGGCGACAGGGACUGUGCAGGCUGGUGAUGCGGCUGCCCUUGCGAUGAGAAGGGUCAUGGAGCGGCACGGGCUGCGGCGCACCACAGUUCCCACGCAGCGAGGGUAG